AUGUUCGACAUCAGCAAAGGCCCAAAGGAGCCAAAGGAGCCAAAGCCUCCAAAGGAAAAGAAAGUAUACUAUUCGAGUCGGGGUGGAGCCAGGUCAAAGAGCGUCGGACCAGCCGUGCGUAAGCCUGUGCCGACAACAGGCCCUUCAAGAAUGUUGGAGGUUCCCGUACCCACGAACAAGACGACGAGCACCGGAAGGGGCGGCUUCAAUGGUCGAACAUUUGUCGUAGAAGAAGGCGUGUUUGAGCGAGUUAUGGACUUUGAGGUCGCCAAGAUUAAGGAGAUGAAGCAGGGCGACGAGAAGCGAAAAACCAUCUCGCUCCGCGGAGGUGCUGUCGUUCCAAAGGAACGAUCUGAAAAAGAUAUACCCCGCACGUCCACCCGUUCCACAUCCAGCGGACAGAGCACGGCUAGUGGAGAUGACUUUUCGCCCAAGGCUCUUGUUGCAAAGUUUCCAAAGGUUCCAGCAUUGACCGGUAGUCUCUUCUCCAGAGACCGCGACCGACCAGCGACGCCUGCAUCUGUCGUCCCUUCCAGCAACGGAUCCAUCCCGUCAAACGGCUCAAGUGGAGGUGAUCCACAAAGUGCUCGACACUGUCCUACGUGUCAAUGCUGGAGACACACCAUGUCCACUCAAGUCUCGGUAGACGCUCAGCUCAGCCCGCCGCCCACCCAGCCCCCAUCUCCUUUCCGUUCAGUGUUCCCAGGAGUCAUGCUCUAUGUGCCACCGGAAGAGCAAAGGCCUCAACCCGAACCGCCCAGCCCGACGUCGGCGUCGUCCGUUUACUCGUACUACCGCGAGGUGCACAGCGAAUUCCGAACUCCUACUCCAGAAUAUCGUGACUCUGAAUCCAACCGUCGAUGA